AUGGCGAGCGACGCGUCUGAGCCCCAGGCUGAGCGUGACGAUGCUCACCAGGAGAACAAUGCCAGCAACGAACUCAGUGAGAAUGAGAAGCAAAUUGAAAAGAAGCUUGUUCGCAAGCUCGACCUCUUGAUCCUCCCCUUGAUUGUGCUGUCGUUCUUCCUCAACUGCAUAGACCGGGCUAACUAUGGCGCCGCUCGACUUCAACAUCUAGAAUCGGAUCUCCACAUGUCUGAUUCGCAAUUUCAAACCGGAUUUAGCGUUUUCUACGCCGGAUACCUUCUAUUCCAAGUUCCUUCGAACAUGCUGCUCAACUAUUUUGGCCGGCCGUCAUGGCAUAUGGGGAUCUCGAUUCUCGCUUGGGGCUUGGUGACUAGCUGCACAGCUGCAGUCAAUACCUACGGCGGACUUGUGGCGUGUAGGAUGCUUUUAGGUUGUGUCGAGGCGCCGCUAUACCCCGGAAUAAUGUUCUAUCUCUCGAAAUGGUAUAGAAAGACAGAGCUUACUCUCCGCAUCAGCAUAUGCCUGGCCGCUGGACUCAUUGCCACUGCAACUGGCUCCCUGAUAGCCGCAGGAAUUUCGAGCGGUUUGGACGGUUCUCAUGGGCUUUCUGCGUGGCGGUGGGUGUUCUUGAUUGAGGGCAUAGUUUCCAUCUGUGGAGGAUUCCUUUUCAUCGCUAUUCUGCCAGAUUUUCCACAUACCUGGACUGCUUUGUCGCCCGAAGCGACAGAAGUCGCAAUCCGACGGCUGACCCUGGAGGCCUCACAGAGCGACAUCGACGACGACAGCAUGUCCCUCAUCGAUGGCCUUAGACUAGCACUGCUGGACAAGAAGCUGUACAUCAUGAUAGCCAUCAACAUGUGCAUUAUUGGGGCCAUUGGCUGCCAGAACUUCUUUCCCACAAUGACAGCAACGCUAGGAUACAACCAUAUAAUCUCCCUUCUGCUCAUCGCCCCUCCAUACUUCUUCACAGCCAUCUACAGCUGCAUCCACAGCUACCUGAGUGACCGCUCAGAAAACCGCUUCUGGUACAUGCUAUAUCCUGCCCCAAUCGCCACCGCCGGAUUCGUCAUCUUCAUGUCGCCCGCCACCAGUUUCGGGGCCCGGUACCUCUCUAUGUUCCUCAUGCUGUUCAUCUACAGUAUUAAUAGCACGGCCACCGCCUGGAUCGCGACGUCAAUUUCCAGACCCCCCGCGAAACGCGCCGCCGCGUAUGGAGUCGUUAGUAUGAUCUCUAAUACAUCUGCGCUAUGGACGCCCUACACCUACCGCGCCCGCGACUCGCCUCACUUUCGGUUGGCGUUGGGGCUUGUUAUAGGGAUGGUGAUCGCAGCUGUGGCGUUGAGUUUCUUGCUUCGAGUGAUACUUGUUCGCGAGAAUGGGCAGCUUGACGAGGCGGAUCGUCAGAGAGCAGUCGCCGAGGGAACUGGAAUUGAGAAACAGGGGGCCUUCAGAUAUACAGUCUGA